AUGAAAAGAAUUAACAAAAGAUCAUGUUCACCGUUAUGGGAUAAUUAUCAAGAAAAAGAAGAUCAUGCAAUUUGUGGGUCCCAUGGAGUACGGCUAAUUUGGCCUCCAAGAUCAUAUUCGUGUAGUUUUUGCAAGAAGGAGUUUAAAUCAGCUCAAGCUCUUGGAGGACACAUGAAUGUUCAUAGAAGAGAUAGAGCUUUACUCAAACAAGUCAAGAUCAUCACUUCUAAUGAUGAUGAUCAUCAUCAUCAUAUUGAUCAUGAUCAUGAUCAUGUGAUGAUGAGUUCUUCAAAAUCAAUGCUUUCACAAAACCCAUCUCAAAUUUGUAACCCUAGUAAUAAGACUAAUAUUGUAGCUCAUAAUCAUCUAUCUGAUCUAUCUAGGGUUUCUACUAAUUAUUCAAAUAAUGGGGUUAAGAAGGUGAUUAGUGGUACUAAGGAUGUUGUGAAAGAUGAUUAUUCCAUGGGGUUAGAUUUAACUAUAGGGGCAUACCAAAAAGAGGGUGAGUGUUUGAAGAACAAGAGGUUUAAGAAAAUUAAUGGUGAUUCUAAUCUAAUUGGUUUAUUUCCAUUAUUUGAAGAGAUUAAGUGUUCUAAUGCUAAUGAUUGUGAUUUAUUAAUGCCGGCUAUUUGGAGUAAUGGGAAAUCUAAAGAGGAGCUUGAUCUUGAGCUUAGACUUGGUGAUGCAUCUUACAAGGUCAAGUAG